AUGGCUAUCAAUGAUCCCGAACACAAAGAGGAGGAGGAAGUCGCUGCUGCUGAUGACGAAGACACCGGGGCUCAGGUUACUCCGAUCGUCAGGCUUAAAGCAGUCGAGCAUCUUCGAUCCUCAACUAUAAUGGCUAUCAAUGAUCCCGAACACAAAGAGGAGGAGGAAUCCGCUGCUGACGCCGAAGACACCAGGGCUCAGGUUGUUGAUGGCGUAAGUAAGGUAAAAGACGGAUAUAACCCUGCUACCUGGAUGUUGGAAGUUAGUACUUCAGCUCAAGAACUUACACUCAGAGGCGCCAUGUAUUCAUUCCCACAAAUAAAACUACCCCCAAAAGCAAUUGAAGCUGCAACAAGUGCUGGAAAAAUUUCCUGA